AUGGCGCCUACGUUAGGAAAGAGAAAGCGACGGACCGCCGAGGCCACUGAAGAUAAUCGAGAAGACGAUGGUGAAGGUUCUGCGUCCUUGGAACUGGAUGCGCAAGAGAUAUUCCGGCGGCAUUUCGAGGCUCAAUUCAAACCAUUACCCGUAGUACAGAAGACCGUGAAAGAGCCAGAGGAGGCACCACCAGAAGACGAGUCAGAGGAGGAUUCAGAGUGGGAUGGCAUUUCCGAGGAGGAGGAAACUACUGUCCAGGUAGUCGAGCAUGUGGAUGCGCAUUCACAAAUAGCGGCGAUGUCGAAGGAGGAGCUCAAAGUAUUCAUGAGCUCUAAACCACCUACAGCUCACGCAAAGCAACCCCUAAUUCGCAACAAGGCUGGCACAGCGACAGAAGAUGAUGACGCCUCGGAAGCAGCUAAUCUUAAGAAAGACUUAGCCCUCCAGCGCCUCCUCGCCGAAUCCCACCUCCUUGACUCCGCUACCAAUCCUACACUUAGUGGAAACAAUCGACACAAGGCAACUGAUCUACGACUUCAAGCAUUGGGGUCCAAGAUUUCGAUAUUGAAGCAGGAAAAGAUGCCUAUGUCGCACCGGAAAGGCAUAAUCGCCAAGCAGAACGAGAGGGAAGAGAAGAGGAGGAAGGAGGCUAAGGAGAAUGGUAUUAUUCUAGAGAAGGCUAAAUCGGCGAAGAAAUUUGAAGGGAAGAGGGAUAGAGGCGUUGGAGCACCAGCAGUGGGCAGAUUCUCGGGCGGAACGCUGAAGUUAAGUAAGAAGGAUAUUAUGGAAAUCGAGGGCCCGAGGAGGAGCGCCUCUGGUAGGGGUGGUAGAGGAGGCGGAAGGGGUAGAGGGAAGCGGGGUCGAUGA